AGGGCAGCGCGAUCAGACCUGGCCACUCACAGCUUCGAAGGCGACGACAGCAACGGAACCAACACCCGCUGAGCUUCCCUUCGCUUCUCCGUGUCUCGCAUCCCUACAUCGCAUUAGCUCCAAGGGCUGUGGACGAGGUCGCGCAUUGAACGUUUCACCUAUCAGGCCUCUUACUUCUCCAUCCUCGCGAGCUUGCCACGAUGGCGAUGGACCAGUCUCUCAUUAAGCUGGUCAACAAGCUUCAGGAUGCCUUCAACAACGUCGGGAUUCAGAAUAACAUCGAUCUGCCCCAGAUCACAGUGCUGGGCAGCCAAUCUUCGGGCAAGUCUUCGGUGCUCGAGAACAUCGUAGGCCGUGAUUUUCUUCCCCGUGGUACGGGCAUCGUGACGAGACGCCCCCUGGUCUUGCAACUCAUCAACAGACCCGCGGCCUCAUCGGUAGCCAAUGGAUCAGCCAAGUCUUCAGAGAUACUAGCUCCGGCCUCAAAACCCGGCGAGACAAAUCCAGACGAGUGGGGAGAGUUCUUGCACCUUCCCGGCGAGAAAUUCCACGACUUUAACAAGAUCCGAGAAGAGAUUGUCCGCGACACUGAGCUGAAGACGGGAAAGAACGCCGGCAUUAGCCCGCAGCCUAUCAAUCUUCGUAUCUACAGCCCCAGCGUUCUGACGCUCACCCUUGUUGAUUUACCAGGCUUGACAAAGGUGCCUGUUGGGGACCAGCCUCGAGAUAUCGAGAGGCAGAUCCGUGAGAUGGUGCUCAAGUUUAUCAGCAAGCCCAACGCCGUCAUUCUCGCCGUUACAGCUGCCAACACGGAUCUGGCCAACUCUGACGGCUUGAAGCUGGCCCGCGAGGUGGACCCAGAGGGAACGAGGACCGUGGGCGUGUUGACAAAGGUGGACCUGAUGGACCAGGGGACUGACGUCGUCGAUAUUCUGGCCGGUCGAGUCAUUCCUCUCCGCCUGGGUUACGUCCCUGUGGUCAACCGAGGCCAGCGCGACAUUGACUCAAAGAAGCUUGUCAGCGCUGCAUUGGACGCCGAGCGGGACUUUUUCCAGAACCACCCCAGCUACCGAAGCAAGGCACAAUACUGCGGAACCCCCUUCCUGGCCAGGAAGCUCAAUACAAUCCUUAUGCACCACAUUCGCAACACCCUCCCAGACAUCAAGACGAGAAUCCAGACGCAACUUCAAAAGUUUCAAGCCGAACUUACAUCCCUGGGUGGCCCGCUGGGAGACGCCAACAGCGGCAACAUCGUUCUUACCAUCAUUACCGAGUUCUGCAACGAGUUCCGGACCGUCAUUGACGGCAACUCCAACGAUCUGAGCGUCUCGGAGCUGGCUGGCGGCGCGAGAAUCAGCUUCGUGUUCCAUGAGCUCUUUUCGAAUGGAGUCCGGGCCAUUGAUCCUUUUGACACGGUCAAGGACGCCGACAUUCGAACGAUCUUGUACAAUUCUUCCGGCUCAUCCCCUGCGCUCUUUGUCGGCACCACUGCAUUCGAGGUCAUUGUCAAGCAGCAGAUUAAGCGGCUCGAGGACCCCUCGCUCAAGUGCGUCAGCCUUGUCUACGACGAGCUCGUGCGGAUCCUCGCGCAACUGCUUGCCAAGAAUCAACAAUUCCGAAGAUUCCCUGCGCUUCGGGAAAGGUUCAACAGCGUCGUCAUUGCCUUCUUCAAGCGGUGCUUGCAACCGACGACGAAGCUUGUGACCGACAUUGUGCUGGCCGAGGCGUGCUACCUCAACACUGGUCACCCUGACUUCAUCUCGGGCAACAAGGCCAUGGCUAUUGUCACUGAGCGUCACAGCUCGAACCAGGUGCAGGCGCCCAGCGAUCCGAAGAAGAACCCACACGUGAUCAACAAUGACAAGGACCUUGAUGUCAACAUCAGCAACCAAGGCUUCUUUGGCAGCUUUUUCAGCGGCGGCAAGGCUUCGGCAAAGGAGCGAGCCAAGCACGCCUCGAUGGAGCCGCCGCCCCCGUCGCUCAAGGCAAGCGGCCAGCUGACGGACCGCGAGACGAUGGAGGUCGAGGUGAUCCGGAUGCUGAUCAUGUCGUACUUUAAUAUUGUCAAGCGCACCAUCAUCGACAUGGUGCCCAAGGCGACGAUGCUCCAUCUCGUCACCUUCGCCAAGGACUCGUUGCAACGCGAGCUGCUCAAGGAGCUCUACCAGUCCGAAGUCAUGAACGAGCUGAUGCGAGAAAGCGACCACGUUGUGACGAGGCGCAAGGAGUGCGUCAAGAUGAUCUCGGCCCUCGAGAGCGCCUCGGAGAUUAUUGCGACUGUUUAGACUGUGGAUUUCUUUCUUCUAAUCUCUCCCCCCCUUAUUUCCUGCCUCCUGGGCUUCCCGAAGAUAUCUCUUUUGGCAAGACGAGAAAGAAAUGUGAAACGCUGCUACAUGUAGCUGCAGCUGGGUGCUGUGACGGACCGUGACGAGGAGGUGUUGGUUUCA